UCCAUCCCAGUCCCAUCCCAGUCCCAUCCCAAUCCAUAGCAAUCGCAUCCCAGUCCAUCCCAGUUCAUCCCAAUCCAUCCCAGUCCAUCCCAUUCCCAUCUCAGUCCAUCCCAGUCCCAUCCCAGUUCAUCCCAAUCCAUCCCAGUCCAUCCCAGUCCCAUCCCAGUCCAUCCCAGUCCAUCCCAUUCCCAUCCCAGUCCAUCCCAUUCCCAUCCCAGUCCAUCCCAGUCCCAUCCCAGUCCAUCCCAUUCCCAUCCCAGUCCAUCCCAGUCCAUCCCAGUCCAUCCCAGUCCAUCCCAGUCCAUCCCAUUCCCAUCCCAGUCCAUCCCAUUCCCAUCCCAGUCCCAUCCCAGUCCCAUCCCAGUCCAUCCCAUUCCCAUCCCAGUCCAUCCCAUUCCCAUCCCAUUCCCAUCCCAGUCCCAUCCCAUUCCCAUCCCAGUCCAUCCCAUUCCCAUCCCAAUCCCAUCCCAGUCCAUCCCAGUCCCAUCCCAGUCCAUCCCAGUCCAUCCCAGUCCAUCCCAUUCCCAUCCCAGUCCAUCCCAGUCCAUCCCAGUCCAUCCCAGUCCCAUCCCUCUCUCCGCAGGUCCCUGGUUCGCCGCCACAUCGAGGUGCUGGGGGAAGGCAGCUUCCGGGACACCCCGGCCCUACAGCUGCUGUUGAUCACUGCCGGGCACUUGGGGACCAUUGGGGACGGGGCCUUCUCUGGCCUGGUGCUGCUGGAGUACCUGUUCAUUGAGGACAACGAUGUGGGCUCCAUCGCCCCAACAGCGCUGAGGGGUCUCCGGGGACUGCUCUACCUGAGUUUGGCCAACAACCGCUUGGAGACGCUGCCCAAGGGCCUCUUCCAAGGCCUGGAGACGCUGACCCAGCUGGACCUCCGGGGGAACCCGUUCCAAUGCAACUGCCGCCUGCGCUGGGUCGUGUCCUGGUUGGGCAGCGUCACGAUCCCCACGGAGCCGGGGCGGUGCCAUGGCCCCCCCCAGCACCAGGGAACCCCAUUGGAGCAGCUCCAGCCCCGCGACUUCCAGUGCCUCAGCUCAGAGCUUCGCCCCUUCCAGUCCCUGCCCUUCUCCUCGCUGGCGGCCGAGCCCUUCGCUAUGGGGGGACACCCAGGGUUGGCCUUGGCCCAGCCCUUCAAUGGGGCUUGUGCCCUACUGGAAUGGGACCAGUUGGCCGGGCGCUUCCGGGCCCCCACCAUCAUCAAUGGCACUGCCCCCGUCGCCUGCCACCCUCUGCCCCUCGGUGGGUCCCUGGUGUUGGUCAUGGCCCAGCUCAGCGGCGGCUCCUCCGUGUGGCGCCGCUCCGGGGGUCCCGGCUCCCGCUUCGUGCGGCUCCAGGCGCUGGGGGGCGGCCGCUUGCGCCGGCCCCACGCCGUGGCCAGCGCCCGCCUCGGCGGCCACUGGUACCUGGGGGUGGCCGAUAGCUCCAAGGGGGGCACCAGCACCCUCUUCCGAUGGGGGGGCCGAGGCUUCUACCCCCACCAGGCCCUUCGGCCCUGGCACCGCGACACCCACAUGGAGUUCCUGGAGCUGGGGGGCAGCCCGGCGCUGGUGCUCUGCAGCGGCACCCGCAGGCCCCUGGUCUAUCGGUGGAGCGGGGGGGCCUUCGCGCCCCACACCGACAUCCCCCACGUGCCCGACGUCUACGCCGCCAAGCACUUCCGGCUGCGGGGCCACGUCUUCCUCUGCUUGACCAGGUUCCUUGGGGACGCCAAGGUGAUGCGCUGGGAGGGCUCCAUGUUCCGGGAGGUCCAGCAGGUCCCGGCCCGCGGCUCCAUGGUCUUCCAGCCCUUGGCAGUGGGUGGCCAGCGCUACGUCCUGCUGGGCAACGACUACGCCCCGAGCCGCGUCUACCGCCUGGGGCCCGGUGGCCACCUCGAGCCCAUCCAGGAGCUCCUGGCCCCAUCUCCUCGCUCCUUCGCCCCCAUCUCCGUGGGGCACCGGCACUUCCUGGUGGUCUCCAGCUUCAAAGGGGCCACCCAGAUCUACCGGCACGUCACCAUCGACCUGGGGGCCUGAGGGCCACCGAGGACACCCCAUGGUGGCGAUGGGGGAUGAUGGACAUCAAGGUAACAGCUACGUUGGCCCCGUGUCACCAUUGGCCACCAUCAACCCAAUGGCACCAUCGGCCCCAUGGCACCAUUGGCCACCAUUGACCACCCAUGGCAUCUCCUGGUGACACCAUCAACCCAAUGUCCCCAAGGCCACCAUUGACCCAAUGGCACCAUUGACCCCAUGUCCCCAUUGGCCACCAUCAACCCAAUGUCCCCAAGGCCACCAUCGACCCAAUGGCACCACUGACCCCAUCUCACCUCCUCCUUCCCCCCCAUCCCUUUGUCCCCUCUUGUCCCCCGAAACCCCCACCCCCCAAUAACCACAGUGUCCCCAAAUGUUCCCUUUUAAACCAUCAUUUUUUA